AAGAUCUGGAACAUUGGCGCUCACACUGGUACCUUGCAUGUAAAACCCCGGCCAUCUCCCAUCACCGUAAUACAUCACAUCCCCGGCUCCGGGUGACGCGACGUCCGUCGGUGCCGGUGGACUGUUGUUCAGCCGGCCCGGGAGGGGGGUGGGGGGCUCCGGCCCGUUAGGGGGAGAAUUUGUUAGGAGGAAGGCGAAAGGCUCCCACGCCGCUGCUCCUGUUAUCUCCACCUCCCCAACGUUACAGGAAAGGCCGCCGGCCGCACAGCUCCGCACGGAGGGUGGACCGUGAAUUUGAAGCAAACGGAGGAAACUGGAGCACCCGGAGGAAACCCAUGCAGACACGGGGAGAACAUUAUGUGACGGAGUUGUUAAAUUUUCGGAUGUAUGACACCAUGUCUACAAUGGUAUAUUUAAAGGAAGAUAAAUUAGAAAAACUCUCUCAGGAGGAGAUCAUUGGAAAAACAAAACAGGUGAUUCAGGGGCUUGAGGCAUUAAAAAAUGAACACAACUCCAUUUUACAUAGCCUGCUGGAAACCCUGAAAUGUCUGAAAAAAGAUGAUGAGAUGAAUUUGGUUGAAGAAAAAUCCAACAUGAUUCGCAAGUCCUUGGAAAUGUUAGAACUUGGUCUUAGUGAGGCACAGGUUAUGAUGGCAUUAUCUAGUCACUUAAGUGCAGUGGAGUCAGAAAAACAGAAACUGCGUGCUCAGGUGCGUCGGUUGUGUCAGGAGAACCAGUGGCUACGAGAUGAGCUGGCAAACACACAACAAAAGUUGCAGAAAAGUGAACAGAGUGUUGCUCAACUGGAAGAAGAAAAGAAACAUUUAGAAUUUAUGAAUCAACUUAAAAAAUUUGAUGAAGAUCUUUCACCACUGGAGGACAAGGACACAGAUUCAUCCAAAGAACCUCUGGAUGAUCUUUUCCCAAAUGAAGAUGAUGAACCAGGGCAGGGAAUUCAACAACAACAUAGCAGUGCAGCUGCUGCAGCACAGCAGGGUGGCUAUGAAAUCCCAGCCAGACUAAGGACCCUACAUAACUUAGUCAUACAGUAUGCAUCACAAGGCAGGUAUGAAGUAGCUGUACCUCUCUGUAAACAGGCUCUUGAAGAUUUGGAGAAAACAUCGGGGCACGACCAUCCUGAUGUUGCUACGAUGCUAAACAUUCUUGCUUUGGUGUACAGAGACCAGAACAAAUACAAAGAGGCAGCAAACUUGUUACAUGAUGCCUUGGCUAUUCGGGAGAAGACACUGGGUAAAGACCAUCCUGCGGUUGCAGCCACUUUAAAUAAUCUUGCAGUACUUCAUGGAAAAAGGGGAAAGUAUAGAGAGGCUGAGCCGAUGUGUAAAAGAGCUCUGGAGAUCCGUGAAAAGGUGCUGGGCAGGGAUCAUCCUGAUGUGGCCAAACAACUAAAUAAUUUGGCACUAUUGUGCCAGAACCAAGGAAAGUAUGAAGAAGUAGAGUAUUACUAUGAGCGAGCCUUGGAGAUUUACCAAACCAAACUUGGGCCUGAUGAUCCAAAUGUGGCAAAGACAAAAAAUAAUUUGGCAUCUUGCUACCUGAAGCAAGGAAAGUUCAAGCAAGCAGAGACAUUAUACAAAGAGAUUCUCACGCGUGCUCAUGAAAGGGAAUUUGGUUGUGUGGAUGAUGAAAAUAAACCUAUUUGGAUGCAUGCUGAAGAAAGAGAGGAACAGUGCAAGGGGAAACCUAAAGAUGGCACCACAUUUGGCGAGUAUGGAGGCUGGUACAAGGCAUGCAAAGUUGACAGCCCAACAGUGACGACAACAUUGAAGAAUCUUGGGGCUCUUUAUAAACGUCAGGGCAAGUUUGAAGCAGCUGAAACACUGGAAGAAGCGGCUCUGAGAUCUCGUAAACAAGGUCUUGAUAAUAUCCAUAAACAAAGAGUAGCUGAAGUACUUAAUGAUCCUGAAAGUAUAGAGAAAAGAAGAAGCCGUGAAAGUCUAAAUGUAGAUGUGGUAAAAUAUGAGAGUGGUCCUGAUGGUGGCGAGGAAGUGAGUAUGGGCGUAGAGUGGAAUGGGGAUGGAACUGGAUCUUUGAAACGUAGUGGUUCCUUCAGCAAACUUCGUGCCUCCAUUAGACGUAGUAGUGAAAAAUUAGUAAGAAAACUGAAAGGUGGCAGUCCACGAGAUAAUGAGCCCAAGAAUUCUGGCAUGAAGCGUGCCAACUCUUUGAAUGUACUUAACACAGGGGGCGGCAAGGCUUCUGAAGAUCUUUUCCAACGAAAUAAUCGUCUAACAGAAUCCAGAAAUUUGAGUAUCAGCCAUGAUGACCUGAUGCAUUGUGGAUCACAAAUUGACACAGACUAGACUCUUCGUGUAAAAGAACAAGAAAUCCUCAUUGCUACAAUUCCUUAUAGCUUUUCAAUAUUAAGGUCUUGGUUUAUUAUCCUGUAUAAAUGAUUUGCAGUAAACUUCAAAUAUUGUAUCCAAGCAUAAAAUGUAUGUUCCAAUUUAAUUAGUUUUCAAUAUUUCUUUGAUACGGUAUGUAAUUUAGUACAAUGCGAAUAGUAUCAAAGAGAAUUUGUUUUAAAGACUAAGAAUGCUGCAGCUGAGCUGGUUUUAGAUAAUAGGGGUAGAAAUUUUGUUGAUUUGUACAGUUAAAUUUUUCCUUUUUUAAAGUAGGAUCCCAUGGAAACCACUUUUACUAGCUAUUCCUUGUAAAGGCCACUUUAUAUUUUAACAUUAGAUGUGGCUUAUUCAUGCCUGAUACCUAAUAUUUGUCAUCACUUAAUUGAAUAACCUAGUGUUUCAGAUAGUUUAAAAAUUGACAGAUCAUUAAUAAACUAUAAAUUUUAGCAGAAUGCAAAUAUGUUGAGGUACUUGUACAAUCCUCAGUACUUUCUUGACUAUACUACUAACUUGCACUAUAUUUCCCUGAAAUCAGAUCAAAGGAACAAAGGAUGCUGCUAAUGUGUGUGGAGGUCACUUUCAUCAUAAGGUUGCUUUUAUAAUACCUUUUGUCAACUGUUUGACAUGAGAAUUUUACAAAACCAGCAAUUUAACAAAACGUAACAAAUGGAGGGGUAUAAAUUUGUUCUCUGUUGCCUUCAGUAUCAUGGGGGAGAAAGUAGUGACAUGUGGAUUGUACUCGACUUCUUAAAUUGGUCCUGUUGAAAUCAUAUUUCAGAAGUGGAAUACAGCAUGUGUACACUACUAUAUCAAUUUUUGAGUGCAUGUAACUAAGGACUAAUUUCUUCCACUUUGUGCCUGGCUGUGAAAUUAAAUUUGGAUUGAAAAUUGCAAACUAAGCUCUGAACACUUCAUGGAUUGAAAUAAAAUUAAAUGAUUUCCAACUGAUAGAACUGGAUCCUGUAAAAUCUUCCUUUAAAAUGGUGUUCUAUCAAAAGAAUAACCAUGAUACAUAUUUGAAAUUGCAGAUGAUUAUAUGGGCAUGCAACUUCAGUCGUGACCAGUGAAACUGCAGGAGCUGUUAAGAUUACAUGAAUAUAUUUCAUUUUGGAAAUUAGGGCCUUUAGGGUUAACCAUCUUUCAUUGAUUCAUCUUGCACUUGUAUGUUUAUUUACCCUGAUUACUUUGUAAAUCAUUUUAUAUUAUGUUUAGGCAGUACCUGGAGUACUACUUAUUUGCUUUUAAAUGUGACUUUUAUAGUGUUUUAUCUCUUUUGUAUUUUAUAUUUGUACAUUAACAAAAAUUGUUUGCACAUUGAAAAACAAAUGAUAAAAUAGGAUUGCAAGUGAAAAUUGAAAUCGUGAUAGUUUACAAAAAUAGAAUGAUGGUCAAAGGGUAUAUGGAUUCUUAAUUCCAUUAAAAGGUUUACGUGUGGUUCUACAAGCACUUGAGUUUUUGAUAUAACAAUGAUUGACUGCAUCAGCUCUUAAGAACAUCACAAUCGAAUUCUCACUGCUUUGGUUACUAUAUUCUGAACAUUAUAGCAGGAAAUAUGUAAGAAGUAUUGAACAAAGCUACUAAAAUUGAAAUCGGCUGUAGCUGCAUGAAAACUACUAUACUAGAAAGUACCAGAUUUUACCCCUUCAGCUUUUAUUCCGUUUCAGCCUUUAAUUCAAAAAAGUGGUAAUGUAAUAACAUUGUUAUCCAUGCAUAAAUGCUGUGAUACUGUUACAAGACUAAUCUGAACGGUGAUUUCUGCAGGUUGUAGAUUUUAGUAUUAGAAGGAUGAUUUUAAUAAGCUUAGUUGAGUUUGCAUACAGUAAACAGAUUUUUAGUUAUGUAUUGCACUUUCACUAGGGCAAGUCUGUGUAGCCAUGAUGUUGCAUGUAAUAUUUUAAUAUAAUUUGCCUGUUUAAUAUGCUACAUAUCAAUGGGUGAGAUCAUUCAGAUAGGAAUAUACUGUAUUAAUGUCAUCAGUUUUUUUUAGAACGGAAGAUAUGUACAUUUGUAUGUUGGAUAUAUGUCACAUGUUACAAUAUUUAUGUUCAAAAUAUAUUGAAACAUUUUUGGUGAGAAAUAAGAAAUGAAUGCAAUUUUAAAGAGUCCUAUAAAUAAAAUGCAAGUACAAAUUGCUACUGAAAACAAACGGUCUUAAGUUGAUAGCUCAAUUUAUUUGAAUUUUCCAUUGUGCCAAGUCCUACAGCACAGAAACGGGCCACAUUGGCCCAACUCAUCCAUGCUGACCAAGCUGCCUAGCUGAGCUAUCCCAUUUGCCUGUGUUUGGUCCACUCUCUGUAAACCUUUCCUAUCUGUGUACCUGUCUACAUUUCUUUUAAACGUUGCAAUUGUUCUCUCCUCUACCACUUCCUGACAGCUUGUUCCACAUACGCACCACCCUCUCUAGGAAAAGGUUGCCCCUCACACCCCCUUUAAAUUUUCCCCCCUCAUGUUAAAUCUAUGCCCUUUAGUUUUAGAUUAAUGUCACUCCUCAGACUCCUGUGCUCUAAGGAAAAAAGCCCCAGCCUAUCCUUAUAACUCAAGCCCUCCAGUCCCAACAACAUCCUUGUGAAUCUUUUCUGCACCUUUUCCAGCUUAAUGAUAUAAAUCUAUGCCCUUUAGUUUUAGAUUAAUGUCACUCCUCAGACUCCUGUGCUCUAAGGAAAAAAGCCCCAGCCUAUCCUUAUAACUCAAGCCCUCCAGUCCCAACAACAUCCUUGUGAAUCUUUUCUGCACCUUUUCCAGCUUAAUGAUAUAAUUCCUAUAGCUCGACAGAACUGCACAUGAUACUCCACAACUGCAGCCUCACCAACAUCCUGUACAGUUGUAACAUGAUGUCCCAACUCUUGUACACAAUGACCAGUGAAGGUAAUUGAGCCAGAUACCUUCUUCACCACCUUGUCUAUCCAUGUUGCCACAGUCAGGGAGCUAUGUACUUCUAACCUUGGGUGUCUGUAUUCUACAAUACCCUCCAGAGACAUGCCAUUUAUUGUACAAGUCCUGCCCUGAUUUAAGUUACUAAAAUGCAACAUUUCACACUUGUCUAAGUUAAAUUCCAUCUGCCAUUCCUUGGCCUACUGUCCCAGUUGUUCUAGAUCCUGUUGUAAUCUUAAAUAACUACCUUCACUGUUCACGAUUCCAACAAUUUUGGUGUCAUCCACAAACUUACUACUCAUCUAAAUUGUUAAUUUCACUACAAGAUAAUAUUAAAGGUAAAUGAGGGGGAGCUAAAACUUUCCAUCAGUGCCUUUUUUUUGGCUUUAGCCAUCAGACUUUAUCCCAUGCAUUUAGACCAUAUUCCCAUUUUUUUUUUGCUUCUUCUAACAUUCCUUUUUUCUUCGGAUGUGGAGGGGAACCUAAACAGUUAAUUUUCUGCUGUAAAAGAGGCUGUAUCUUGGAAUUGUAAUGUUUUUCAUUUGGCCUAUAAAAGCUACUUUAAGU